AACAUUAACGGUAAACGAAAAAAAAAUCAUUUACAACAAAAUCAUAUUUUGAAUAUUGUGAAUAUUUUUUCAUUAAUAAAAUUGAUUAUUUUCGCUGAUUAUUUUUGUUGUUCUUCUUCACCAGACACCGAAGUGUUAAAUAAAAGUAAAAGGCAUAUCAAUAUUUUCAUUUAUUGGGAGAAAAAUAUCAAUUUUUUCCGCACCAUAAUUGGUCAGAAUAAUUGGAAAAUUUCCAUUUCAAUUUCUUUCAUCAUCUUAAUUUUUUUUGCACCUUUAAGUCAAAUUUCUGUCGAUCACUAAAAUUAUCAUUUUCUGUCAAAUUGAAGCCAAAAAGAAAAGAAAAGAAACGAGAAAAUGUCAUCAAAUAUUCAAAGUAGUAAUAAAAACACCAAUAAUAUUGGCGAUAAUUUUAUGCGACAAUUUCGUGAUAAAAAUACACGUCAAUUGAAAAAUUUAACAUCAACACAAUUUAUGGAAGUUUGGAGCCAUUAUGAUCAUGAUGGAAAUGGCUAUAUUGAAGGUCGUGAAUUGGAUAAUUUUUUACGUGAAUUUGUAUCAUCAGUCAAUGCUUCCGAUGUUGGUGCUGAGGUAGUAACCGAUUCAAUGUUUGCCGAAUUGAAAGAAUGUUUUAUGGAAUCAUUCGAUGUAAAUAAAGAUGGUAAAAUUGAUAUACGUGAGCUAGCUCAAUUGUUACCAUUGGAUGAAAGUUUUCUUCUUUUAUUUCGUUUUGAUAAUCCAUUGGAAUCAUCGGUUGAAUUUAUGAAAAUUUGGCGUGAAUAUGAUACCGAUGGUAGUGGAUUUAUUGAAGCCGAUGAACUAAAAAAUUUCCUAAAAGAUUUACUUCGUGAAGCAAAACGUGAAACAAUCGAUGAAGAUAAAUUAAUUGAAUAUACUGAUACAUUGUUACAAAUAUUUGAUUCAAAUAAAGAUGGUAAACUUCAGCUUAGUGAAAUGGCAAAAUUAUUACCGGUAAAAGAAAAUUUUCUUUGCCGUUCAUCAUUUAAAGGCGCUACCAAAUUGACUAAACAAGAUAUUGAACGUGUUUUUGCAUUAUAUGAUCGGGAUGAAAAUGGAACGAUCGAAAAUGAAGAAUUGAAAGGUUUUCUUAAAGAUCUACUUGAAUUAGUCAAAAAGGAUUAUGAUGCACAAGAUUUGGAUGAAUUUCAAACAGCAAUAUUACAUGGUUGCGAUUAUAAUAAAGAUGGUAAAAUAAAUAAAAAAGAAUUAACAAUGAUUUUGUUGGCAUUGUCAAAACAUUCACAAGAUGCAUAGAAAUGAGAAAAACCCGAAAAACAAAAAUCAACUUUGACAACAACAAUAAUCUGAUUUGGAUUCUGGUUUUAUUAUUCUUUAGGGAAGUGGGAUGCUACAUUACAUCAAACAGAACCGAAUCAACAACAACAAAAAAAACACAGAAUCGAAAAUGUUUGAUUUUGUUUUGAUUA